CAAAGACAUUUAAUCAGAAAUAGUAAGUAAAGUUGGUUUACCUCUCAACAUUGUCUGUAAAUUCUGUAAACUAAAUCUCAAAUAUUCUUCUAACGUGAAACGCGGCUUUCAGACUUUUUGGGUUUUUGGAGGGAUAAGUUAUAAGAGCGUGCAAUCAGCAAAAAUCUCUAUCUUCUUUAAUCCGUUGAGUUGAGUUUGUUGAUGGCAAUCUCCGCAAAAUCCAAUUACUUGUUGUAACAACCAUAUAUAGUGCUAACACAUCACAAUCAUGGGUCAUCAUCACCAUCACAACACCACCGAUGGAGGAGUUUCUCAUCAGCGCGUCAACAGCCCGCGAUUCACGGGCUCAAUGACUCGGCGUGCUCACUCUUUCAAGCGCAAUACUAACAAUACUUUUAACAAUGUUAACGAGAUAAAUACUAACGCCAGUGGUUCUAGUUUUAGUACCCAUCAUGAAAUUGAUGUGCCAGUGAACUCACCCAGAUCUGAGAUUGGACCCAGCUCGGGUUCGUGUGAUACGUCUGAGUUUAAGCAGCAGGUUGGGAACCAUGUGAGCCAGAGAGUUCAUUUGAGGAGUUUGUUGAAGAGGCCGGUCGUGGGAUCUGUGGUUUUACAAUUGGGUUUCAGAGAAAAGAAGAAGCUUGGUCAUUGGAUGUUCUUGGUUUUUUGUGGGGUUUGUUUGUUUUUAGGUGUUUUCAAGAUUUGUGUUAAUGGCUGGUUUGGAUCUGCCAUUGAAAGAGCCGCCUCCAAUCAGGACUUACCUUACUCUUCCAUCAUUCAUUCAAAUGUAAUGGACCAAAGCUCUCACAAUUACCUAUCAGAGGAAGUAGGUAGUGAUGUUGAACGGACUCUGAAGAUGGUGGCAUCUGGUGUUGUUGGUAGCAACUCUGGUGCAGCCGAACAUUCAGGUAUCUGGUCCAAGCCUAACAGCGAGAAUUUCACCCAGUGCAUUGGCAAUCCGAAAAAUCACAAAAAGCUAGAUGCAAAGACAAAUGGCUACAUUCUCAUUAAUGCUAAUGGCGGCUUGAACCAGAUGAGAUUUGGGAUUUGUGAUAUGGUUGCCGUUGCUAAGAUAAUGAAGGCGACGCUUGUCCUUCCUAUGCUUGAUCAUACCUCUUACUGGGCUGAUGAGAGUGGCUUCAAAGAUCUGUUUGAUUGGAAACAUUUCAUCAAAACACUUGAGGGUGAUAUCCAUGUAGUUGAGACAUUACCACCUGCCUAUGCUUCUAUUGAGCCUUUCAAGAAAACACCGAUAUCUUGGUCUAAGGUUAGUUAUUACAAAACAGAGGUGCUCCCAUUGUUGAAGCAGCACAAAGUAAUCUAUUUUACCCAUACUGAUUCUCGGAUUGCCAACAAUGGAAUCCCAAGAUCCAUACAAAAGCUGAGGUGCCGUGUAAAUUAUAGGGCAUUAAAGUAUUCAGCCCCCAUAGAACAACUGGGAAAUACCUUGGUUUCUAGAAUGCAAGAAAAUGGGGGCCCAUAUCUUGCUCUUCAUUUGAGGUACGAAAAGGAUAUGCUUGCAUUUACGGGGUGCAGUCAUAAUUUGACAGUGGAAGAAGAUGAUGAGCUUCGUAGGAUGCGAUACGAAGUUAACCAUUGGAAGGAGAAGGAGAUUAAUGGAACAGAAAAAAGAUUGCUUGGCGGCUGCCCAUUGACCCCUAGAGAGACUUCACUUCUGCUCAGAGGGCUGGGUUUCCCAGCCAGCACCAGGAUUUAUUUGGUAGCUGGUGAAGCUUACGGGGAAGGAAGCAUGCAAUAUCUUAACGAUGCCUUUCCUAACAUAUACUCUCAUUCCACUCUCUGUACAGAAGAAGAAUUGAAUUCUUUUGAAAAUCACCAGAACAUGUUGGCUGGUUUAGACUAUGUAGUUGCGCUACAGAGUGAUGUAUUUCUAUAUACCUAUGAUGGAAAUAUGGCAAAGGCAGUUCAAGGUCAUAGGCGGUUUGAGAACUUCAAGAAGACUAUCAAUCCAGACAAGAUGAAUUUUGUCAAACUUGUUGAUGAAUAUGAUGAAGGAAAAAUUUCAUGGAAGAAAUUCAGUUCGAAAGUGAAAAAGCUACACAAAGACAGAGAUGGAGCUCCAUAUCUUAGGGAGGCUGGAGAGUUUCCGAAGCUGGAGGAGAGUUUUUAUGCGAAUCCAUUUCCAGGAUGUAUUUGCGAAACUACAUGAAAUAGAUAGGUGGUAAAAUGAAAGGAGAUUUGGAAAUGGAAUUAUAUGAUUUGAGUUGAAGUUGAAGCAAGAGAUGGGUAGGUGAGGUGGCAGUGCUUAAGGUAUAAUUUGUCUUCGGAGGAGGCAAAUUUUACAUAUCCAAAUUCAGCUUCAGGAGAGAUGAACGACUUACAUUAGUUGGGAAAAGAAAAAGAAGAAAAGCCAAUGGUAUAUAUAUCAUUUUCAAGGGAAUACACAGGUGAAAUGAAAUGUAGACAUCCAUGCCAUGAAUGAGAGAGAUCUCUAUUGAAUUUUAUUGAA